AUGACAAAUACCGAAGAGCAGGCGUACCUUGAUCUGUGCCAGCGCAUCAUCAGCGAAGGAGAGCACCGUCCGGAUCGUACUGGAACAGGUACUUACUCUGUGUUUGCUCCUCCGCAGCUGCGUUUUUCACUGAAAGACAAUAAAUUUCCCCUAUUGACAACCAAAAAGGUGUUUUUCAAAGGUAUUCUUCACGAACUCCUCUGGUUUAUUGCUGGUGAGACAGAUGCCAAGAAAUUGACUGAGAAAGGUGUCAAAAUAUGGGAAGGAAAUGGAUCUAGAGAGUAUCUUGACUCGCUCGGCCUGACACACAGACGGGAAGGAGAUCUCGGUCCAGUUUACGGCUUCCAAUGGAGACAUUUCGGUGCGGAAUAUGUCGACUGCGACACUGACUACACAGGCAAAGGCUACGAUCAGCUAGCAAAAAUCAUCGAUACUCUCAGAACCAACCCUUACGAUAGACGAAUCAUUCUGAGCGCAUGGAAUCCUCCGGCUUUCAAAGACAUGGCCCUGCCACCAUGCCAUGUUUUCUGCCAAUUUUAUGUUAGUUUUCCCAAGGAUGCCAAACCGCAGCUUAGCUGCAUAAUGUACCAGCGGUCCUGUGACAUGGGCCUUGGCGUGCCCUUUAAUAUAGCCUCCUAUGCUCUUUUGACGCAUAUGAUUGCACACGUCGUGGAUAUGGAGCCGGGCGAGUUCAUUCACACCAUGGGCGACUCGCACGUUUAUUGCGAUCACGUCGAUGCCCUCAAGGAGCAGCUCAAGCGGACUCCACGUGAAUUUCCAACGCUGAAAAUCAAUAGAAAAGUCGCCUCCAUCGAUGAUUUCAGAUUUGAAGACUUUGAUGUGGAAGACUACAAUCCAUAUGGGCCAAUCAGGAUGCAGAUGAGUGUGUAG